AUGACGGAAAACUCGCAUACGUCCUCCCACAACCAACCCAAUGGCACCACCCACGACUCCGAGCACACUCCCCUCCUCUCCCGCAACUCCACCUUCGCCUCCUCCGGCGGCCGCGGGUGGCACGAAGAUGAACGAGCGUGGAUUCGGUGGCCGGCGACAUUCCUGCGUUUGACGUGGCUGACGCUCGCGUCCAACUACGUCAACUUGCUGCUCGUCUUUGUCCCGGUGGGCAUUGUGCUCGGCGCGCUCGAUAUCAAUCCUACGGCCAUCUUCGUCACCAAUUUCUUCGCCAUCAUCCCCUUGGCUGCUUUGCUUAGCUUCGCUACGGAGGAAUUGAGUGUCAAGUUUGGAGAGACGCUUGGUGGGCUGAUGAAUGCUACUUUCGGCAAUGCCGUCGAAUUGAUAGUGUCAAUUGUCGCUCUUCGCCAAGGCCAGAUUCGCAUCGUGCAAGCCAGCAUGCUGGGCUCCAUCCUCUCCAACAUCCUGCUCGUCCUCGGAUGCUGCUUCAUCGCUUCUGGCAUCCGUCGCGAGCAGAGUCGCUUCAACGAGACCGUGGCCUCUACCAUGUCAUCUCUGAUGACCGUCGCCGCCACCUCGCUCAUCAUCCCCGCAACUCUCUACGCCACACUCCAAAAGAGCGAAUCCACCGACACGGAAGCCAACGUGCUAGUCGUAUCGCGCGGCACCGCCAUCAUCAUGCUCCUCCUCUACGUCCUCUACCUCUUCUUCCAGCUCAAAACCCACGCUUCCCUUUUCGACUCCGAACGCGGAGACGGCGACGAAGAAGAAAAGGAGCCGGAAAUCCUCGGCCCCAUCGCAGCAGGCGUCGCCCUCGUCCUCGUCACCCUCCUCGUCGCAGUCUGCGCCGAAUACCUCGUCGACAGCAUCGACGCCAUCGUGCAAGAAGCGGGCAUCAGCAAGACCUUCAUCGGCCUCAUCCUCCUCCCCAUCGUCGGCAACGCAGCAGAGCACGUCACCGCCGUCGUGGUAGCGUGGAAGGACAAGAUGGACCUCGCCAUCGGCGUGGCGGUGGGCAGCAGCAUGCAAAUCGCCCUCUUCGUCACCCCCUUCCUCGUCAUCCUCGGCUGGAUCAUCGGGCAGCCGAUGACGCUCAACUUUGAGAUUUUCGAGACGGUCGUCUUCUUCCUUUCCGUGCUGGUUGUCAACUACCUCAUCCAGGACGGGCGCAGCAAUUACCUCGAGGGCUGCAUGUGCAUUGGCACGUAUGCGAUAAUCGCUAUUGCGUUCUUUGUCUAUCCUGAGGAUGCGGAGGGGCAGGGUUUCGUGGUGAUGGCGAAGGGCAUGCUUGGGUAUUAG